AUGAAUUUGCAUGCGAAACAGUUACUUCAGAGAAGUACCGAACAGUUUGGACAAGAUUAUCAAUCAUUAUCAGUUGGUCAGAAUAGCUACAUGCAUCGAUUAGAAAUCAGUGAUGAUGGAAUUUAUCAAUCAUCGUUUGGAUAUUACGAUCGAAAUAAGCCUUUACUGCAAAGUACAACAACAACUAUCAGUAAACAACAACAACAACAACAACAACAACAACAACAACAACAACAGCAAUUCUACAACAAUACUUACA